AUGACCCACCAUCUCGCUAAAGGUAUUGGCCGCAUGUCCGACAUGAUCAUGACCAAGGCCAAGGGUUCAUGGGUCUGGACGUCUGAUAAUCGUAAACUAUUGGACUUUACAAGUGGUAUCGCCGUGACCAGUGUGGGUCAUUCUCAUCCAAAGGUCGUAGCUGCUGUACAGAAACAAGCUGCUACGCUCGUUCAUGCACAGUUGAAUAUUGGCUAUCACCAGCCCAUGUUGAAUCUGGCAGAUAAGCUACUGCCCGUGCUACCCAAGAGUCUGGACUCGCUCUUCUUUGCGUGCAGUGGCUCCGAGGCCGUAGAGAACGCUGUUAAACUGGCACGCCAUGCAACGGGCAAGAGCAGAGUCAUCUCAUUUCAGGGCGGCUAUCACGGCCGCACAAUUGGUACUAUGAGUCUCACGUCGAGCAAGACGGUAUACAGUGCUGGCUUUGGUCCGCUUAUGCCUGGUGUCACAUUUGUGCCGUACCCGUACGCACUGCACAGUCCAAUACACGACGAUGAAAAGAAUACUCAGUGGUGUCUAGAGCAGCUACGUAUUGCAUUGAAACAGCAGUCGGCUCCGCGUGACACGGCAGCUAUUAUCAUUGAGUCGGUGUUGGGUGAAGGUGGUUAUGUGGUGCCACCCAAAAGCUUUAUGAAAGGUCUGCGUGAAAUUGCGUCGGAGAACGAUAUUCUGCUUAUUGCAGAUGAGAUUCAAUCAGGAUUCGGCCGAACAGGGGACUACUUUGCCAUUGACGGCUACUUUGACGUACAGCCGGAUAUUCUGACCUUUGCUAAAGGUAUUGCCGAUGGCUACCCGAUUAGUGGCAUUGCUAGCCGCAAAGAACUGAUGGACACCCAGCCUCCAGGGUCGAUGGGUGGUACUUUUGCUGGUAACGCCGUCGCUUGCGCUGCUGCCAUUGCGACGCAGGAAGUCUUUGCAGAAGAGAACGUGCUUGAAAACACGCGCAUUCGUGGUGCGCAGCUGCGUGCUGGUUUAAACAAUCUGAAAGCGUCAGGCAAGUAUCCGAUACUGGACGUUCGUGGUCUCGGCUUGAUGAUUGGCGUUGAAUUCGACCUUGCUGCCGCUCCAAAGGGCACGGCAAACAAAAUAUCGAUGGCAUGUUUGGGCCACGGUAUGAUGCUGCUGACGACGAGCAUCUACGAAACUUUGCGCUUUAUGCCUGCAUUGACCGUUACGGAGGAUGAGUGCACGCUUGCAUUGGAGAUCUUUGAGAGGGCUCUGGACGAUGUCUUCCAGAAGUAG